UUUCGUCUUGACAUGUGCACGCCGGUGAAGCCACAAGCACGCGACGUGAAGGCAGAAGUGAGAUGCGAACGUGAAGGAGACGAAUAGGGUUUGUACCGCGUGCACCGGCAGGCAGCCGAAGUGCCGAGACACCAUCUCGUGCCUGCCUGCCUUACACCACCUCUGUUGCUUUCUCUUUGGAACCUCUCUUUCACUUUCGUCUCACGCACGCCGAUUUCACACAACAACACGCUUUUAGAUCCCUCGUUGUCCUGAGUUUGCUCACUCCGAAGGGCAUGAAAUGAGGUGAUUGCCCGCAUGACGGCCACCUUGGUGUCAAUCCACUGGCACGUGCCAGCAGAUGACAUCAACUCGACACCGACGCCAAACGAGGUUGUCUUCCAAACUGCCACGCAUUCGCAAGAACCGCCUCAAGAUGGAAGUCGUGUCGAUCAAGGACUUUGAGCGAGAAGAAAUUAACGAGCUUGACUAUGUCCUACAUUCGGCGGUCGACCAGCUGGUUGCUCUGACACAUCCGAAAGACUAUUUGGCGAGCCUGAAUGAUCUCGUCUACCAUUUCGGCACGCUGAACUUUGGCGAAGAGGGAGGGUUUCGGCGAUUUGGCUUCAGUCUGCCUUCGACAUGCCCGCAGUGGCCAGGUCCACGAUUUGGAUCAUUCUCGCUGCACAAGGUCAUUGCUAAAGUGCACUCGAAGCCACGCUCCAGAAAGGGGCAAUCCGUUGGAGCCGCCAAAGCAGUCUCGUCGCCGAGGUUGCGCCCAAAACCGCCGAAGACGAAGGUGACCUGCAAUUUCACGGCAAAGGGCGGUGCUGCACUUGUCCGUCGGUCGCCACCACUAUGCCUACUGAACCUACCUCCAGAAAUACGGAACUCCGUCUGGAACUUGCUAGCUGUGCGCAAGGAUCCUGUCGAAGCACAGCUUCGCCGGAUCCAGCCUUGCAAAAAAUUGACUCCACAUCGCAAGACCGUUAUCCGCCGCUUUCCGCAAGAGCCACUCGCAGCGAGUGCCAACAAGCAGAUGCGACGUGAGAUUCUAUCAAUCUUCUAUGGAACAAAUCGCUUCAUCUUUGAGCGAAAUGCAUGCAGCAUGUUCGCUGAUCUUAGCAUGUUAAGUCCGCCGAACAUUAUGACAUGGAAGCCGCGAGCGGAUGUUGCAGGCUUCCUGACCUCUGUCGAACUCCGGUUCAAUGCGCUUCCGAGAACGCUUUCAAUGGCUCAUAUCGUGUACGCGAUGCGGCGAGGACCAGAAGGCUCGACCACCAUUGAAGUGAAAACGGAGAAGACCGGCAAGCAGAAGAAGAAGUGCACCGAGGAGCAAUAUUGUCUUUGUCACGAGUUCGCCGUUGCUCAGGCUGUCAGCGAGACUGCCUCGAAGAAUCGCGAGUUAGACCUCGCUGGUUGUGCGCUGAAUGUGGUACGCAAGCGACAUGACACUAUGUUUGCAGCACCGGUGAUGCAGAACAGCAAGAGCGGCAACUUCUAUCCUCCUAACGCUGUCUGCGAUCGAUGCGAGAAGGCGACGUUUGAGAUCGUUUACAGUGGCGUUUGAUGGGUUACAUCGAGGCAUGGCGAGGCGUUAGAAAGGGUAGUAGAUGGGAAGGAUAUGGGUUAUGAGUGUAUGCAUUGGACGAGAGAUGAUGGCUUCUAUGGCAGAUACCCCUUUGGUUUGUUUAUUUGCAGCAGUAUACGAUGAAGUGCUCAGCCCGUUCGGACGAGAUCGAGGGAACGCUAAGAGGGCAUAUUGGAUUGAUUCACGAAGCACACGACCGGAUAGAGAAGAAGCUUGGAACUGCAGGCAUAGGCGCGGGAGGAUUAGAGAACAGGGACAUCUACGAUUAGAGGGGGAAAGACGAGAAGAAGGAUAAGAAGUAGGGCGGCCUUGUCCGCGGGCAUCUGCCUAUUCACGAGCAGGGGCCGCAAAAGGCCGACUGGUGCACUUGGGUCGUGAAGUCCUGCAGUGCGAAACCUCGAGAUCAAGACCGAACGUUCAUGCAAACUCAGAAGACUGCCAACGCGAGCACAGCGACAAGAUCGCAG